AUGAGCUAUGCCGUCAUAAAUAUUGGCCAUAACCCGAGAAAACUCAUAGAAGAGACCACUUAUUCGUAUACUGAAGGAGGAGCUCCAGUAAAUGUCACAGAGUACGUGGAUCCUCCAGGCCUCGCUGGCUACCGGAAAUGCGUGCAUGUUCCAGAAAAGGGCGUAAAGAUCUUUUCGGUAAAGAAUAAGCAAGAGCAAACCUAUGGAUUUGAAUCGAACAAAUACUCCGAGGCCACUGUAUACCUCUGGAGGGAAGACAAAAGAUACGAAAAGCCUCUCCUAGUCCAGCUAGGGAAUAGCUACUUUCGAUCCGACGACGGCCAAUCGUGGACCCGCAUUUCUCUAUCUCCCUCUGAAAUGGUCAAGAUUCUUGACAGUGAAAACUGCAAGAGGAAUGGAACCCACAAGAUCGAUUUAUCAAAGGGUCACACAUUUAAUCGGAAAGAUGCACCAAAAAGCUACAAAUGCUCCAGUUGUAAAGAGGAAGAAAUCACCAUAACAUCUGAAAAAUGCGACGGAGUCAUCUACUCGUAUCACGAUACUUCAAAGGGCCUAGUUUCCAAAGUUGAGGACAAUGGCGUAGACCAAAACGGGAUUUUUGUCCCGCUUGGGACCUCUCGGGUAUACCUCUUUUACGCAAGAAAUCGCGGCAAUAAAUGCGUCCUGAUAAACAUGACGAAACCUAAAAAUCUGUGGUACAGGAGGAAAUCCAAACGUGGCUCUACUUGGGUCCAGGUGGAAAAGGGGAAUGAGCCCAUUGCCUACUUUGACUCCUUUGCCAUCCUCAGCAUCAUACAGGGAUCUUCAACAACUCCUCAGACGGCGUCGACAUCCUACAGUCGCAUUACCACUACAAUGGCCUCCCUUGUGGCCACAAUGGUCGUUGGAUUUUUUGCGUGGGAAGGGCUCAUGAUGGUCAAGAACCCAGACAAGAGCUUAAUCCUGGAAGUAAAGAACAAGUUUAUAAAACCCGAGUAA